ACUGCACGGCACAACACUCUCCGUACGAGUAGAUAUUGCAUCUGUACCGCCACAUUCCUUGCUCCAACCUCCUAAAUUUUCGCUGUUCGCUGACGAUGGUGAAGGUGGACGUUUCUCGCCGGGGAGGGGAGGCCGACGGUGCAGCCUCCAACAUCCCGACGGUGCUGGGGGCGCUCGGCCUCAUCACAGCCUCACUGAUCGUCAACCUGGUGGCCGCCGCGUACGACCCGCUGCUGGCCUUCGGUAACGGCAUCUACUACCUCCUCGCCCUUGUAGGUUCCUUCCUCGCCGGAAUGGCGCAGGUGGGCGCCGCCGUCUGGGUCGCCGACGACCCACGCGGCCGCCGUGAUGCCGGCGACAAGUUCAUCUACGCCUCCAUCGCGCCCUUCCUCGUCGCCGUUGGCCUUACGGGGGCCGCGCUGCUGCGGUAAUUCAUCAUCACGUGCCCAAGACCGACAUCGCCGCCGCUCACGCUAGCUAUCGAACACAUAAAGCUAAUGUUAUCAUCAUCUAUCUUGUUUUAGUUAAGUGAUGCUGCUUGCUUAUGCUUAAUUUCACUUGGUCUCUUGUAGCUUGCCGUUUGGAUCAUGUCGUUGUUGUUGUGUAUCUCACCUCGACUAUAUAUGCACAUCGAUUUGAUCACUCUCUCUCUCUCUUCUUGCUGCUGCUGUUGUAGAGUUAACUAAUGCAUGGAUUGAUGAAUUUCCUGUCGCAAAUUUUGGGUCUACACUGCGCAACG